UACUACAUUGGAGCUAAACGUUUCUGAAAAAAAAAAAAGUUUCAAAUUGGGAGGGCAGCGGAACUCUCUCUCCAGUUUUCGUUUAUUGCUUUCGUGAAGGAAGUCCGUAAUCCGAUUAUUGAUUACCGCCAUCGUCCUGCUUUUGAUAAAGUUCAGUUGACCUACUGAAAAAAGUACUCUUUCAUAUAAUUGCAUCAGAAUUAUGUUUUUCCUCUUUACAUUUCUCUACUUGUGAACGGUUCUAAUCGUUGUGCCUAUCUAUAUUUUUAGACAGGACUUCCUCAGUUUCAGAAGCAUAUUAGUGUUAGUAGAUUGUCUCCGGAUUCUGGCUCGUAUAUCAAUGCAAGCAUUAGGAAUGAUGCGUCGAUGGAGAUCCGGCAGAGCUCCUUUGGGCGAGCCGCUGAUAGGCCAUCAGCGAAUUUACUGGCAGAAGGAAUUUGCAAAGAAACUGAACCCAAGAGACGAUCUCUGAGUGGCAUUGCUAGAUUAAUACGACGUGAAGGGCUGCCUGCGCUGUGGAGCGUACAUAAACAGAAAAAGCAGUUGUUGGACAGCUAUAGGCUGAAAAAUACCUCAAUUAACAUCGAACCAAAUAGACAGCUGUAUGAUGGCCAAUCUAACAGGAGAAGCCCAAAGAAGCAGCAAGAAUCCAAGGAUGUCUAUGAGGAUCUGGAAUUAUCACCCUUUGUAAAUGGGCGUUGUUCUUCAAGAUGGAGUGCAAGCUCAAUGCUUUCUAAAUCCGAGAUGGCACACAUUAAGCAGAAUCUUAAUUCCAAACGUCUUACCUAUGAUGAAACAGUCAGUGAGAAGUUUCAUGACUCAGAAGAUCUGGAUGACACCUUAGACUCAAGGGACAUAAUGAUGCAAUUUGGUAGAAAAAAAAAUUCCUUUGGAAAUCUUGUGUAUGAUCAACGAGGCACUUCUAGCGGUUCUCUUGGUAACCCUAGAGCACUUUUGAACCCUCCAAGUUCUGUGAAGUACGGAAAUGCAAAAUCAAGGAGAGCAGAUAGAGAUAUAACAGGUAAACACAACAUCAAUUCUUAUCCAAACAGAGAUGAUGGUCUGCUACUUGAUCCUCACUAUCGGCACAGAGCUGGCAUUGCUCACAAAAUGUCAGAAAUUCAAUCAAAGGAGAAGAGUAAGAAAAACACACUCCCAACACCAAUUGUUGUCCUAAAGCCUAACCUAGGAAAUAUGAAGAAUGAUCAUGAUUCAUCACCUCACCACCUGGAAGAUUGCUUUCCCAACUUUGAAAAAAUGACAGGACACCCUAGUGUUGGAAGUGUCAAAGAAAUGUCAUGGAGAAAGACCAAAUCAUAUUAUGAUGCAGAAUUUUUGAAUCCUGUUUCCGAAGAAGCUAGAGCUGAAGAAGCUAGGAAAUUAGCUAAAAAAAUCACAAGGCAAUUGAGAGAUGCUUUUGACAAGAGUGAGGAUGCAAUAUAUUCUGGGUUCAGAGGAUAUGCAGCAGAUAAGAAUUUAUAUAGUGCUGAAGAAAGGGAUAUUGACAGUGAGUUGGAAAUGUUUAAAUGGUCGUCCAGAAGUUCCUUUGUUGAUGAUAGUAAAAGGAGUAGUCAUGCAUCUUCUAGGUCUGUCAAUGAGGAGGCAAAGAAGAGACUUGCAGAGAGGUGGAAGCUAACUCACAAAUAUCGAGAUUUGGAAAUAGUUGGUCAGGGUACCACACUCGGUGAAAUGCUUUCCGCACCUGAUGCAGAAAAAAGGUCCAGAAAAACUGCUCAUGGGCAUACUGACAGAUCAAGCAAAAAAGUGGGUAGUGAUAAUGGAAGUUCUAUACAGAAUGGUCUUUUAGGUACUAUCAGUAGGGGGGGUUCAAAGAAUAAAAGUGAAAGAAGAUUGAGAUCGAGAUCAGUUCCUCCAUUAGGUGGGAGCAUUCUUGGAAGAGGUACAUGUCAUAAUAUGCUGGAUAAUGAAAAACAUUUGUUUCACAGUGAUCCCAUAAGCCAUGGUACAAUUAAGGUGACUAAGCAGUAUCCAAGUCACAAAGAUCAUUUCUCAUCUCAAGCUUCAAAAUUCAAUGGCAAGAAGCCUCUUCCCUGUCCACCCAUCUUUAUUGAGGAGAUAGACUCUUCAUUAGAAGCUAGUUUCGAGAUCCAAAUGGAAGCAAAUGUUAAGGACUUACCUUACCAACAACUCACAUUUCAGAUGGAAGAAAAAGAUGACUGCAGUGGUGGUGAUGUACCUGAGAUAGUGGAUGCUGAACAUGGAAUCACAACCUUGCUUUCUGAAACUUCUCUGUUGCAUCCAAGCAAUUCUUCAGUGGAUAAUGAAAGCUCAAGCUCUACUGCUCAUGAUCAAAAGGACUUCUGUCUUCAGGAAGUGCACCAAGAAGAUUCCGAAGAAGGUGAUCCUUCUGUGAACCAUCUUGGAGCUGAGCUGGUUUCUUCGGAAAGCUCCAAAGAUGCGGAUUAUGCUAGUCCAGUCUCAGUCCUCGAGACUUCUUUCAUUGAGGAUGCAUCAUCUAGUUCAGAAAAUACUGAGAGAGUUAGUGCUGAAGUUAGCGAACUCCGAAUGCAACUACAGCUCCUCAAGAUGGAAUCUGAAGCUUAUGAUAAUACAUCCACUCAUAUUUCCAGCGAGAAAGACUCUUUAAGCGCUGAAGGCUGGGAGGCCUCUUAUAUUCUUGAUGUGCUAAUCCAAGCGGGCCUUCAAGAUUUUGGCUUCGAUUUGUUUAGGAUAAUAUGGCAUUCCCCAGAUUGCCCUCUGGAUACCAGGUUGUUUGACAUCCUUGAGGAGAAAUACCGCAACGAGAGGGCUGCGUCGAGACCAGAGAGGAUGUUGCUAUUUGACAGAAUAAACUCAGGACUAUCAGAGAUUUUCCUGAAGCAUGUUGAUGUACGCCCCUGGGUGAUGUCAAAAUUAGCUGGAUCACUGCAUCUAACGUGGCAGAAGGAACGAGCCAGAAGCACUGUUGAGAAGCUGAUUGGCCAAGAAUCUGCAAACGGGCUGCAGGUGACCGAGAGAAUACUUGAUAGGGAGAUGCAGUGGCAAAAUCCUAAGGAAGAAAUCGCCUUAACCGGUAACGAGAUUGGGGAAUUAUUGAUAGAUGACUUCAUAAACGAGUUUCUAUUCGACUAAUGGUGAUAGUUUAGUGCAUAAUAAAUUGGUCUGGUUUAGUUGGUAAAUCUUCGCAGAUGAAAAUUUUGAUGACUAAAGUCUAGUGAGCGAAUGAAUCUAAAUUUAACGAACUAAUUAAGAAUUUACUGAGAAAUAUUUUUAUGUUGUUUGAGGGCUUCAUUAGAUGUGAAAGUACUCUGCCUCUCUUAACUGUUUUGGUUUGUAUAUAAAUAAGUUAGUCUGGUGCUUCCAUUA